CGAUAAUUGAACACGUUCAAGAGCUGAAGAACGUUAAAGAGAAAUAAAAAAGAACACCUGAAAAAAAAAAAGCAGAAAUUUUCAAAAUCACCGUCUCUUCCAACUGCUUAAUCAGUGCCCGUAAUGGCUGCCGCCGUGAAAGUGCACGGGCCUCCACUCUCAACCGCCGUCUCAAGGGUUCUGGCCUGCCUUCUCGAAAAAGAUGUUUCUUUUCAAGUCCUUCCUGUCAACAUGGCCAAAGGCGAACACAAGAAGCCCGAAUACCUCAAGAUUCAGCCAUUUGGGCAAGUGCCAGCUUUUCAGGAUGAGAGCAUUACUCUCUUUGAAUCUAGAGCCAUAUCAAGAUACAUAUGCGACAAAUACGCCACGCAAGGGAAUAAAGGGCUAUACGGUACAAACCCUUUGGAAAAAGCGUCCAUCGACCAGUGGUUAGAGGCCGAGGGACAAAGCUUCAACCUGCCAAGCUCUGUGCUCGUUUUUCAACUUGCCUUUGCACCUAUAAUGAAAAUCAAGCAAGAUGAGGAUCUGAUCAAGCAAAACGAAGCUAAACUCGUCAAUGUUCUUGACGUGUAUGAGAAAAGGCUUGGAGAGAGUAGGUUCUUGGCUGGUGACGAGUUCACGCUAGCCGAUCUUUCUCACCUGCCCAAUGCACAUUACUUGGUGAGUAAGACUGAUAGAGGGGAGCUUUUUACGUCGAGGAAAAAUGUCGAGAGGUGGUGGGGUGAGAUCUCAAGCCGUGAGUCGUGGAAAAAGGUGGUUGAGAUGCAGAACUCAAGGGCUCCUAGAAGUGCUUGAGUUUUAUAACUUUCAAAUUUGGCUUUAUUUGGGAUUUUGUGGUUGAGUUACGGAUCUUAUGCCUGUGUUUUGCGAUGUUUUAUAACUUUCAAAUUUAGCAUUAUUUGGGAUUGUGUGGUUGAGUUUAUGGAUCUUAUGUCUGUGUUUUGCGAUACCUGUUUUUAGUGUUUUUCAUCUUUUAACUGAAUCUAUACUUGUGAACUUGAUGGUGUCAAUUUGACAUAGGUGUCAUGUUCGUGUCGAUGUCACUGGAGAAAAAGAUGUGAUCCUUUGCUAGGUUUGAAGGAGCAAAAUUAGCAAAUGGUUACUGCAUUAAGCUUUAUGAGAAAUGGAU